AUGAGUGAGGAGAUAAAACCAACGUCUGAGGUUCCAGCAGCGGAGACCGCUGCUCCGGAGAACCCACUGCAUACUGUAGGGUUCGAUGCUAGGUUCCCGCAACAGAACCAAACAAAGCACUGCUGGCAGUCGUAUGUGGACUACCACAAGUGUAUCAAUUUGAAAGGUGAGGAUUUUGCUCCCUGUAAGGUGUUUUGGAGAACAUAUUCUUCGCUUUGUCCUGUGGAUUGGGUGGAAAAAUGGGAUGAACAACGAGAGAAGGGUAUUUUCCCUGGUAAUGUUAAUGUUGAAUGA